GCCGGAGCCUGAGGAUGGAGGCAGGAGGCGGCGCGGGCGCGGCAGGAAUAAAAGAGAGAAGAGAAGAUCAAGUCUGGUACUUGAAAAUAUCAAAGUUGGCACUGGCUUUAGCAAUUAUUCACUCAAAACCACCAGAAAAAAGCUGCAAAGAAUACACAGAGCAACUUGCCAAAAUUCUAUCUGAACAAGAUUUUAACUGGAGAUCAAAAAUUAAAACAUUAGAAGCUGAAGUUCUUCGAUUGCGUCAGGAAAUUCUUUUGAACAAAAUCUGUCCAAGACUCUGCUUGGAAAAUGGGAAUCCAGAUGCCUUUACAGAAAUGUCGCCGGAUCAGGAGUUUAUAAACUCUAUAAAUCCAAGCCAGCUAGAAGAUUCUGGGUGUGAUAUAUCUAGUGACUAUGCAUUUGAUACUUUAGACAUAUCACCUACCUUUCUGUACUCUGAGCUUAGUUGUAACACUUCAUCUUCUAAAUUUUGUUCUGAAAUACUUCCUAAAUUGACUCCAUAUUGUACUGACAAGGAAAAAACUCUCACUGCUCAUAUGCAGUUUUUGCAGCAUCUACUUGGACUAAGAAAACUGACAGAACCAGGAAGUUUUCAAGCUGAUUUUACAGAGUUUGAAAACAACUACUCCACAGUAUCAGAAUCUGUCUCUCAGUUGCUUGAAGGCCUGAUUAUUUACUGCAACAGUCCUAAACUUCCAGUUACACAUUUUAUGACUGAGGCAAUUUGUGUUUUGAGCAGUUUAAUAACUGAUUCUAAAUUAUCUAAUCAUGUUCUAAAAAAGUGUUUCAAGAAGCUACACGAAUUUAAGAAACAACUAAUUCAGAUUAUUUUAAGCAACAACAAUAUCAAUAGGGUAAGUUUAAGCACCUGUUACCAUGAAUAUCCAAAUAUACAGUUUAGAAUAACAGCAUUAUCAAUUGGAAGUUUUUGAAGUU